AUGGCUGGCAUGCAGUUUGAGUAUGACGAGGAAGGAGGAACAUUUUAUUAUUUCCUGCUUUCUUUUUGGAGUUUAGUUUUAAUUCCAGCAACUUAUUAUCUCUGGCCUCGCAAGAAAACCAAAGAUGAACAAGAAAAACAAAAAAAGCUGUGUAACUGUGAACCAUGUCAGACAAAAAGAAAAAUACUGAAGGCCAGAGAGCCAUGGAUAAAAGCAAAGGAAAAAUCCAUUCAAGUUGGACUUAUAUUUGGCUGGGUAAUAUUUCUGCUACUCGCCUACAAAGUCUCUAAGAUACAGAUGGACUAUGUGGAAUAUGAUCCGUUCCUGGAGCUAGAAGUUGAUCGGGGUGCUUCUGCAGCGGAAAUUAAACGGGCGUACAGAAAGCUUAGUUUGAUUUACCAUCCAGACAAGGAAACUGGCAAUGCUAAGAAGUUCAUGAGGAUAGCCAAGGCUUAUGCUGCUUUAACAGAUGAGGAAUCCAAGAAGAACUGGGAAGAGUUCGGCAAUCCUGAUGGUCCAGGAGCCACCAGAUUUGGAAUUGCUCUUCCGAAAUGGAUUGUCGAACGAGAAAAUUCUAUGUGGGUGCUGGCUGUUUAUCUUCUUGUCUUUAUGAUCGUUAUGCCUGUUGUGGUAGGUGCAUGGUGGUAUAGAUCAAUCAAGUUCAGUGGAGACCAGGUCCUGCUUGACACCACUAGACUGUAUUGGUACUUCUUUAACAAGACACCCAACAUGAUUCUCAAACGAGCUGUGAUGAUUCUGGGUGCCUCAUUUGAGUUUGAUAAAUUCCACAACUCAGAAGUAAUGGAAAGACCAAGUGACAAUGAAGAAAUACCUAUUCUGAUGAAGGCCUUGCCAAACCUACAGGAAAAGAACAAAGAGCGCCCCCUAUGUUUCCCGUACAGCGUGAAAGCUAGGGCACUAGUCCUUGCCCAUUGCCAGAGGCUGGACCUGCCACCAGAUUCAUUGGAAAUGGAUAAACAGUACAUACUGAAGAAAAGUCCACAUCUGAUCAAUGAGAUGGUUAAUAUUUGUGCUCACCAAGUUGCUAUGGCGAUGGCUGGCAGAAUGCACCAGGCUCCUCGUCUGGAAACAAUGGAAAAUCUGAUGAAGUUGAGUCAGAUGAUAAUACAGGCAGUGGAGGAAAAAUCCAGUCCUUUACAACAGCUUCCCCAUAUCAACUCGGAACUGCUUAGACACUUUGUCAGUAGGAAGAGAAAUAUUCGUGGUCUGCGAGAUUUCGUGGCGAUGGAGGAUUCUGACAGACGUGCCAUGCUGCGUUCCCUCUCGGAUCAGGAAUACACCGAUAUCAUGAAUGUUUGUUCUAUAAUGCCACAUGUUGAAAUGAACAUCAGGUCUGAAGUAUUGGAUGACGACGACAACACCAUAACUGCUGGGUCCAUUGUUACAGUGACUGUGAAACUAACGAGAACCAACAUGUUGGGUUCUGAUCCCAGCGAACAGACGACCGAAACUGCCGAUCAUAAAGAAAUAGAACCAGCCAAAGAGGAUGAGGAGAAUGAGGAGAAAAAUGAAGAGGAUGAAAACGAGGCCAAACAGGUUGCUAAUGCAUCGCCACAUAAUAAGCCAAAAGCUUGGGAAAAGCCAGUCAAGAAGAAGGGUAAAAAGGGAGGUAAGCAGAAGAAGAAGCCAAAACAAGCUUAUCAGUGGAAAGCAGUCGCAGAAGCUAAGGCAGAUGCACACAAUGCUGCAGCUAAAACGAAAUCAGAAUUAAGAACAUCCAAAUCGGAAGGUGAACAUGACAAUGAGGAUGAAGAAGAGAGAGAUAGAGAGGUAAAAGAAGAUGCCGAUACCGAAGAUGAAGAAAGGGAAAAGGGAGAUAACUCUGAGACAGAUGAAAAGGAAGAAAAGGAGACCAAAAAACAGGUUAAGAGAACACACAAGUCAUCUGAGGGUGAGGGAGAGAAAGAGGAAGAGGACUGGUCCAAGUUCCAGGAGGAAUCGAGGAAAGAGAAUUCUUUAGAAACAAAAGUUAAAGAAAGUCACGUGGUUCACUGUCCUUACUUUCCAUUGGAGAAGCAAGAAUGGUGGUGGUUGUAUGUUGCCGACCGCAAACGACACCAGCUUAUCACUGCUCCAGUUCAGAUCUGCAGUUUAAAGAAGGAAGAGGAGGUUCAGCUGAAGUUUUCAGCUCCGCCAAAACCUAGCAUUUAUCAGUAUUCGGUUAUUCUCCGAUCUGACUCUUACUUCCUGGAUUUUGAUAGGAUUGCGACAAUAAAGCUUGACGUGAAGGAGGCCAAACCAUUGGAGGAUCACCCGCAGUGGGAUAUCUCUGAUGACGAAGAGCAGCAGAAUGAAGAUGGGGACGAGACGGAGGAAGACAGUGACUACUCAUCAGAAGAUGACGAUUCUGAUUAAACACACGCACACACACACUCUCUAUACACCCACUCUAUUCUGAAUUCAUUCUGAUAGGGGUCAUCAUGCAAUAAUCUUCAGCUUGACAUAACAACUUAGUAAUAUUACUUUCCAGGUUGGACAAAGAUUGUUGGAAAAUGUUUUAAAUUUUUUUCCCACUAUACAUUAACCUAAUUAUGGGAGUAAUGGGGAAAUGCACUUUUUUGUGAGAAGUAAAGGUCAAUGUUGACGAAAAGAGAAAAUGAUCAAUGGUUCCCUCACAAUUGUAUGGAGAAAAUGAAAUGCUGAAGUUUGUAUGAAGUUCGAGAUAAGAAUGUGUUGUAAAUAACAGGUUUUUGGGAACAUAGUAACAAUGGGGUCAAGAAUAAUGUUUAAUUAUUGCAGUGUUGUUGAUUUUUUAAUGUUUAAAAGAAUUACUGAGUUGGUCAGUGGAACCUUUUCAAACUUUGUAAAUGGAGACUUUUAAAGCUGAUCAUAAUAUACAGUCAUUUAGUUAUUUGAAUUACAGAGCAUUUUUGGAUUUAUUCAGGUAUUACUUGCACAGGAAACUCUUAAGAACAAGAUUUUAUUUACAAAAAAUACAUAAAAAACCACUGAUUUUUGUGAGGCAUUAUUAGUCCAAACAUCUAGUCAUAAACCAGAUGGACAUUGUUAGUUUUUGCAAUGAUUAGCUAGGCACCAUAUUUCAUUAUUUUACUCGCUCUUGCGUGGAAAAUAAAAUAAUCCACGUUCAUAACAUAGGUUUCAUACACAGCACAUGCUAAGCUUAUGUAAUAUACAUAAAUUAACAAUAAUAAAUAGAGUAUGUUGUAGUAUAUAGGCUCCCUCACAACUUGUGAAGAAUAAUUCGUAAUUUGAUGCAAACAAAUAUGCUACAAAUUAUUACUUGGGUUGUGCAGUUGUAAACUGUUAUAAAUUACAACAGUAAUUAAUUACUAGUCACACCAUGGUAAUGGGCACUCACUUUUAUGUUGUUAAUGGAACUUUUUUUCUUUCUUUUUUGUGGUGCAUUAUGAAUUAUAUUAAUUAAAAGUUCAACCAGUAACCAUCUUAUUUUGGGAUUCGACCAUCAAAAAGAAAAAAAAAGAUCUAUAUAUUAUUAUAUUAAGUUUUUAAAAAAAUUUGGAGGUAUUAAUUUUACAUUUUGGUGGGCAUCUAUAUAGAUCAUGGGCAUUAGUUAAAUGUUUUGGUUGAAAUUUACUUAACCAUACAUGUAUGAAAAUGUGAGUGAUAUCUGAUUUAAGAAUUCAUGAAGUGACUUUAUUUCAGAUGAAAUUUAAGUUUCAUUAUGUGUAAAUGUGUCAGAUACGUGCUGAUCAAUUACGGUGGUUCAGAAUGUAAAUAACAUAACUAACAAAAUAUCAUAUUUUUGUCAAGAUAUGUACGAUUGUGAUGUAUAACUGCAAUUUAGUUUAACAAUUAAAGUGGAAAUCAAAUGAUUCUGUUUCAUCAAAAAAACAAAUUCAUGCUGUUAUUUGACAAUAAAAAAAAAAAUCAUUCAAUUUUUUUUCUGACCCUACCCCCUCCCCCAAAUAGAGUACCAUACCAUUUGCCUAUGGGUGAUUCAUCUAAUGAUCUUCUUCAACAGUGAAAAAAACUAAACAAAAUUUACCAUCCACUGUGACAUAGUUUGAAGAGCUUAUGGUUUUUAGUAUCAAAAACAUAUUCAUCAGUUGUAGAUGUAUAUUUCACAAUGUAUUGCUGAUUUAAUCAUUUGAUGUAUAUAGCUGCUCUCAGUCUAGUUAUGUCAUACAUUAGGUGAAUCAAAAAUUGUUUCUGUAUUGGAAAUUUAUUUGGUGGCAAUAUAUUUGAAUGUUUAUCUUUCUUUAAACCAAUCCUGUCCACUCAAAAAGUAUACAAUGCAUGCAUGGUUAGCAAUAUCUAUUACUGUGGUGUGUAUUUUUCUUCAUAAUCAUAUUUUUCAGAGAUUUAAAAACUUUUGGAUUUUUGUUUUAUUUCCUGAUUUUAGCCCUACUAGAUAUUUUUUAAUCUUUAUUCUUUGAUCAGGGUUCUUACACGUCCUGGAAAUCCUGGAAUGUCCUUAAAUUUUGUAAUUUGAAAAUCCAGGCCUGGAAUGUCCUGGAAAAAAACAUUAAAUUGUAUUGUCCUGGAAAUACAGGUCAAACAUUUGGUUGUUUAUUUUUUUUCGCAUCUUUACUAUUGUUGCCCCCAUAACCUGUCUAAAUUCAGACAACAAUUUGUUAUAAAAACAUUCAUUGAUUGAACGUUUCAUGUCCUGGAAUGUUUGUUAAAUGUCCUGGAAAACUUCUGGAUAUGUCCUUGAAUUUUUAUGGGAUUUUUAAGUGUUAGAAUUCUGUUGAUAAAAAAUUCCUAGUAACCUUUUAAUUUUCAAGACCCUGUGAACGAUCCCCUAUCUUUUUGUCCAGUGCCAUUUCCAUCCCUACUCAAUAUUUGUUGUUAAGAAGAAUUUAAGUAGUCUAGUAUCCAAUGAAUGUGUACUGUGCACCUCAUCAUUCUUCACUUAAAAACAUGGGGCUGGACGUAGCCCAGUGGUAAAGAACUCGCUUGAUGAGCGGUCGGUUUGGGAUCGAUCCCUGUCGCUGGGCCCAUUAGGCUAUUUUACGUUCCAGCCAGUGCACCACGACUGAUAUAUCAA